AUGGGAGCUACAGUGUGUAAGUCGAAGUAGUCCAUUGCCAUUACACAAAAUACUAAGAUAAUAGGUACUGCUGGAUAAGUUAAGAUCAAUGAUGAUGACUGUAUCGAGGCUGUAUGUGUAAAGGUAGAAGAGAUUACUAAUAAUAUGAAAAUGAUUAAAUUCAGAUGUCUUUAAAAUUUAGAAUUCCUGGCAGGGUAAUACAUUUGCUUUUACAAUGAAAGACCAUCUGCUACCUCAGAUAAUCCCCCAGUAUUCCCUGCAGUUUUCUCUAUAUGUUCUCCACCUUACGAGUUACCUUUCAUUGACUUUCUUAUUGAGGAGAAUCAUAAUCCAAGGAGUAUGAAGAAUUUGCUGUUUUUUCAAGCCAAGGAGGAAAUGAAAGUAUAUCUAGGUAAAAAAGGUUAUGGCACAGUUGCUAUUGAUAUAAAUAUGCUAUAAACUCCUUUACCUUGGAAUGGAGGCUCUGGAGGAAUAACUUUAAUUGGUGGAGGCUCAGCAGUUCAAGCAUGUUGA